GAGCACACACACACACACGCACGCACGCACGCACGCACACACGCACACACACACACACACACACACACACACACACACACACACACACAGACGCGCGCACAGACACACACAGUGAGAGAAAAAGAAAAGGCAACAGCUGCAGCAGCAGUAGCAGCAGGUUUGUGGGAGGUGAAAGAAGCAGCGCAGCGUCCAGAUGCUCCUGUAGGUUUAACAGAAGCUGUCAUCACUGACUUUUAUAUUUCUUUCCGCUCUCCAACAACUUCCUCUGUGGGACUGAAGACAUGGCAGCGGCAGCUUCCACCGAUUCUGGACAGGGGUCCACCAAAAUAACUCCGGAAGUGCUGCAGGAGACGCUCCAGCUGUACAACCUGAGUCGCCAGGAGUUCAUCAGCACCUACAACAUCCAGCCGCUCGUCUACAUACCCGAGCUGCCCUACAGCGCCAAGACCACCUUCGUGAUCAUGUACGUGGUAAUCUUCGUCCUGGCUCUGGCUGGAAAUAGUUUGGUCAUCUACAUAAUUACGAAGAAGCGCGCGAUCCAGACGGCCACGGAUAUUUUCAUCUGCUCCCUGGCUGUCAGCGACCUGCUCAUCACUUUCUUCUGCAUCCCCUUCACGCUGCUGCAGAACAUCUCUUCUGAGUGGUUCGGAGGAGUCCUGGUUUGCAAGACAGUUCCCUUUGUGCAAACCACAGCCAUAGUGACAGGCAUCCUCACGAUGACCUGCAUCGCCAUUGAGAGAUACCAGGGCAUUGUAUUCCCGCUGAAAAUGAGGCGGCAGUACUCGUCCCAAAGAGCAUUCAAGAUGCUGGGGAUUGUGUGGUUCGCCUCAGUGAUAGUGGGUUCACCAAUGCUGUUUGUGCAGCAGCUAAAGGUGAAGUACGACUUCCUGUAUGAUCACUACCACGUCUGCUGCCAGGAGAGUUGGACAUCUCUCACCCAUCGGCAGGUUUACACCACCUUCAUCAUGGUGGCUCUUUUCCUGCUGCCUCUGGCCGCCAUGCUGUUCCUCUACACGCGCAUCGGCAUCGAGUUGUGGAUCCGCAAGAGGGUUGGCGACACCUCGGUCCUCAACACCAUGCACCACAGGGAGAUCAGCAAGAUCUCAAGGAAAAAGAAAAGAGCCGUCAAAAUGAUGGUCACAAUUGUGCUGCUAUUUACGAUUUGCUGGGCUCCGUUCCACACAGUCCAUAUGCUGUUUGAGUACUAUGACCUUGAGAAGAAAUACGACGGAGUCACACUCAACAUGAUCAUCGCCGUUGUCCAGGCCAUCGGGUUCUUCAACAGCUUCAACAACCCCAUCGUCUACGCCUUCAUGAACGAAAACUUCAAGAAGAGCUGCGUCUCCACGCUCUCCCACUGCGUCCGGAAGCCCAACCAGCAGGUCGACGUCAUGGUGGCACCCAGGCUGAGCGUGCAGUUCAUCAAACCCCAAAGCAGAGAAGCCUUCAUAAAACCGGACGAUGGCAACAGCUUGGAGCGGCCCUCAGCGGAGAAAGGCCCUUCAACUUCAUCGCAGGGGGAGCGCUCGCUGGAAAUGAUAGGCGAAAAAAUCUCCACCAUCCAAACGGAGCUGCCUGCAAAUAGCUCCAGUGAAGUCAAAUGAGGAUGAAGUGGAGCAAAGUUCAGGUGUUUGAACGGUUCAACUCAACCCUCCUGUUUGCUGUCGAUCCCUGGCGCUUGGCACAAGCAGCCACGAGUGUGUCAGACAUGAUUUAAGUCUCUCAGUUGCGGUUCAAAAGGCUCAAAAGUCCAACAGAAAGACAACAAACUGUAUCUCUGCAGUGGCAGCGGGACUGUGAAUGGAUAUUCAUUAAAAAGAGGCAGUUUUACUCCAAAAACUGGGAGCAUUCAGGAACAGUGGUCCAACAGGCAAUUAAUGAUUUUUUGACAGUGGGGACAGCCAAAUAAGAGCACUUUGUUGGCAGGUUAACAAGCAGGAAGCAGUUUGGUAAUUUUUCCUUCAUUAUCUACUCAUCAUCCUUUCAAAUCGCCCACUGACCACUCAGAAAUAAUUUCUGUUUUCUCUCAAAAAUUGCAGGACAUCCAGCCUCUCCCAUACCUGUUUUCCACCAAAUUAUUUCUGGUUCUUAAACUGGUUCCAUUCAGGAUUCUUGAAAUGUUGGUGUCAAACAGUGAACAGGCUCCUGUCUCCACCAAUGAUGGAUCAGUAUAAUUAAGAACGCACUCAACAACAACAGAGAAGCUUUGCACAUCGUCUUUAUUUCCAACCAGUAAUGACACUCCCACUGAUGUCGUGGCAUUUCAGGUAAAGGAACAAAGCUGGGAACGUUCCAGGUUCUCAAUCAAUUCAUUUUUGCUUGAAACGCUCCUAGUGGCUCAAAAUCAGACGUGCAGAUCAGAACAGAAUGUGUUCCCUGUUGGUGGUGAAGGGCUUUCAAUAAGCAUUAAUGGUGCAUGAGCGGGAACCAUGCUCAAUGUCAUCCUGAAUAAGCUCAGACUAUAAGUACGGUGUUCUUGUAGAAGGGAAAAUGUUUGGAAAUGUCACACAAUUUAAAAUGGCCUUCAUUCAUUCAACUACUUACAUGCAGUUUUCAACACCGCAGCUCAAAGCUCUUCUCUCCUUUGCCAACAGAUUGUUCAUUUCACACAAAAAAAGAGAAACUUUGCAGCAACUUGUAUAUCACUCGGAACAAACAGAGAUGAGACGCACAACAAGGAAUACAUAAAGCAGCUUUUUCUAACAGUAAUGCAAAAAAAAAAAAAAAAUCCAACUCCUGAUCUAUUUUCUUUUUUUUUUUUUGAUUGUGCAUAUGAAGUUAUUACAUCACUGAUAGGGGAAGGAAUAUAUUUAGUGUGUGAAAAUCCUGCUUAUUAUGAAAUUCGGUCACAUCUCUACCCCCUAUAGAAUGUACUAUAAUGUAUUCUGGGGCUACAGGUCAUAAAUGCAGCACAAUAGGUUUCACUGGGCUUUGGCUUUCAUGCUUUUACAGAAUCCAUAAAUCCUGUCCACGUUAUCCUGAUUUGAAAAGUCAUAAACGAUGCCACUGGUGAACGUACAUUUACACUGAUCAGUCAAAACUAGAGAGGACCAGAUCAUGUUUCUCUCCCCAGUUCCAAUCUGAUUCAUUUACUAUUUCACAUCUGCUCAUACCCAGUUGUAAUCAACACCAUUUUCCGAGAUAAUAAGCACUUAAAGUCCAUUAAAUUCUUAAAAUCGAUCUAAUCUCUAUGGUUGUCGACCUUAAAGCUCGGCAAAGCAUUAAGAAAAUAGCAUGAGCUCCACAAGCUCCAAAAGACAUUAAAAUCCUGUAUUCAAUACAUGUAUGUCAGAGCAUAUAUUAUACAUUAGCUGCAGUACUUGGAACCUCUUACUGUUUGACACUGUAGUGACCUGAGUGGACGACAAGCAAGCAGAAAGUGUUGUCGGAGUUUCGCUAGCAACAGGCACCAUGACAGGGACAAUUUUUUAAAGAAACGUGUUCCAACACAACUCACACUUUUUCAUUUUGACAUGUGACGGUGGAGGACAACAAAAAAUUAGGCUUAGAAAAAAAGCAGAUGCUGACAAGUUAAAAGAUGCUAAUGAUAGACCCCGAAUUGGAUUGAUGAUAUCAGCUGAGGCAUCCCCAGCCAAAAAGCAUUUCGCAAAUAUUGUUAAGCCACCAGCUCCAGCCUGUAAGGUAAGAACUGGUGGCUACGUUUAUAUUCCGGUUAAGAAAGGGUUUUUGACUGCAUAUAAAUGUAGGCAUUGACGUGGCACUGGGAUGGCAGUAGAUUCUUUAGCUUCUGUGGGUUGUGGGGUGGGACGUCCGUGGAUUAGCCAUGUGGAUGCUCGAUCACACUGGGACUAGGGGAUUCUCUAGGGACUCCGGGUAAACUCCUCGGACUCUUUCUCCUUAGGCAGUUUUUGCGAUUGCCCUUGCUGAGGGAGCCCAAGCAAAGCACUGCAAAACAAGAUCAUCAAUGUAAUUCACUUAAUCUGUGUAUAUUUUGCCUGAACAGUGUAAAUGCAAACGGAAAAGUCCUGCAACAAGAAAACAAAAGAGAUGAUUUAACUCCUCUGCAUUUUGGAAACAAAUGAUCUCUCCUUUUAUAUAAAGCACAGAUUAAAAAAAAAGAAACAAACAAGACAGAGCACAAAGGCAGGUCUUAAACUGAAAUGGCAAACAUCUUUUUCUUUUUGGUUAUAAUUUGGGUAAAUGGCUGUCCGUGUGAAUACGUAGGUGGAACAGCUAAUGAGUUUUGCAGCAUGUAAACAUUUUUCAGAUCCAAAGAGAUUAAUUGUGUUUUAGUCAAAUUUGCAUCCAUAAAAUGUGAAGUGAAAGAAUGCUUUGUUGUGGAAAAAGUGCGAAUGUUGAGCGCUUACUGUGAAGGCAAACUCAGCUUUAAACAUGAGGAUUGUCAUUCAUUCAUACAGUGAUAAACGCUUCAUAGGCCGCCUAUUCUCACUUCCAGAAACUAGUCAAAUCAAGAAUCUUUACUGUCAUUAUGCAAUUAGUUUUCACCAGUUACAUAAUGAAAUUUUGUUGGUAGGACCAGCUUAAAAGUCAACAUUAAAAGACGUGGACAAUAAAGCAUACAGUGCAUUAAAAAAAGGUAAGAAAAUAUAUAUGCAACAGAGUGAUUACAGUGCAGCAGUGCAAGGUGCAAUUUCAGUUCCUUCUCAUCUCAAGCUUUUAAAGUGAAUGUGUGUGAAGUUGUACAGAGUUUACAGCUCUGUGUUCACAUUUAAAGCUUAAGCACAGUCUCACCUCUGCAUGUGUCUGUGAUGUGACGCUACAUGUCUUUUAUAGAGUAUUUUGAGCACAUCAUAAGUGUGAGCUAAACCAGAUGGGCUUUGUUUGUAGGGUCAGAGAGGCGGAAAAUGAAGUGGAUCCUUAUAAGAGAUGUUCUGUGCUGCAAGACAGUACUAGUGUUAGUGUUUUGUUACAUGCUUUACAGAGUUCCUAUAAGCUCAGACCUGCCAUCUCUGCAACACUGGCCAAUGAAAGUGAGUUUCUUUGUUCUCUAUUUUUCUAUAAAAGUUGCAAUUUUGUGUUUCUUCUUAGAGAGCUGGAAGAUUCAGAAUAUUUUACCAUAUUCUUAAUUAAACAAGAGCUAUAAGAGUUACAGGUAGUUUUUCUGUACUGAACCAUGAAUGUAACUACUCACAAAUAAGAAACAACCUUUUUGAAAAAUGCUUGUGUGCAGUAAAAUAAAAAAGCUGUUAUACACAUGUCUGUGAAGCAGCUUAGAUGUGGGAUGAUCACAAACACUUUUAUUCCUGAGCUUUUAAGGUGAAAUGCGGGAUCAGUAACAAUGUGUUUGCUCAAUAGUCCUGUGGGAUAUUUUUGUAAUGUUCAUGUCUUAAGAUUUAAGUUUAAUCUUGGUGUUAUAUUUAAAACUGCUUAGACAUUUUGUAAUGUUUGGCAAUGACAGUGUGGCUUUAAUUCACCGUUCUGUGCAGAGUUGAAAUAGGCUGCGCUGAAUAUCCAACCGAUUUAAAAUCCUUUUUUCCUUUCUUUUAUAUCUUUGUCUUUGCCUUUUUCUUCUUGUUAAAUUCAACAUUGAAUAAAAACACCCAUUUCA